UGGUACCACACGAAGUCUAGUGAACUUUGCACGCGAGAGAAGAUGCUUGUUUAAUUAAGUCAACUAAAUAAAAUGCCAAGUCAAAACCUACCAGCUAUGUGUUAAAUGUUUCACGUAGUUACUAGUUAGUAUAGGGAGCACAACUUUAGAUUAGUUUUGUUUCCAAUUAGUGAUUUCGAACUGCGCACAGUGGGUCACAACACACUGACGGACAUUGUCAGACAGAUGACAUUACCGACUCAAGGCUGUGAGAUCUGUACGGGCCGGUGGACGAUUUCUUCCCGGGACAGCGUCUCGCAACCGUCUCGGUGCGAGACCUCCGUGUAUGAUCGAUCGUCCCUGGAAGAGUGAGAUUCACAAUGACAGAAUUUGCGACACCACCACGCUCCCCAUAUCUGCAGCUCGAGUUCACAGCAGAAGAGGACAUCGCACUGUCGAGUGAUGCCGAGCAGAAGUCCGACGGCCCCGACCAGCGGAGGGCCUCAGAGUCAAACACAACGCCGAGCAGGGGCGAGUCACGACGGGGAGCAGGCCGCGAGGUAGACGCCCGCGGCCGCCCUCUCGUCUCUUCGGUCUCCACACGGACUUUCUUCAUCGCACUCGUCCUCUUGAUGUUCGUCACGAGUUUUGCAUGCCGUGGUGUGGUCCACGGUAUCCUGAGGAUCUUACAAGAAGACGUGGAUCUGAGCGGCGGGGAGACCAUCACUCUUGCUUUGUCCUUUGACUUUGGCUUCGUCAUCUUUGUUGUCAUCAUGGCACUGCAGGACCGGAAGAUACACCGCCCGAAGAGCAUUGGCUUCGGCGGGUUCAUAAUCGGUGUGGGACUCCUAGUAGUGUGUAUUCCGUAUGUUAUAACCCGGUCGGAACUUCAACACGGACCGUGGUACGUUGGGAAGUACGACCUGUGUGAUAGAGAGACGGCAUCCCGUCACCAGUCGGGGAAUUCGUCAACGCCUGGUGGUGGUGAUGGCCCCGCACCCAAGGCGAGUUGGAAUAGUAUAGCUUGGAUGGUGAUCGGUUUGAUACUAGCUGGUACCGGAGCAGUCCCACAGUUCCCGCUCGGUCUUACUUACCUUGAAGAUAGAUUAAGGGGAUUCGGAACGCCGUUUUAUGUAGCAAUUCUCUUGUGCUCUUAUCUACUCGGCAUUUGGUUUGGUGACCUCAUCAGUUUCUUCAUGUGGCACCACGUGGGCAACGCAGACAAUACCACCGUGGCCCUCUGGUGGUUGGGGUUCUUCUGCUCGGCGUUGGUGGCGCUCGUCCUGGGCGUCUUUAUAUUCAUGGCAAAAGAUCGAUACAAACGGCUGGUGAGUGAGACUAGGGGUCUCAUUCCAGGAGGGGCGAACCGAACUGAGAAUGGUGCACAAUACAGGCGACUUGUUAGUGCAGAGGAGACCCCACAUAGAGAUGGCAAGGUGACACCAAGAUGGCGACGUAUUCUGACCAACAGUCAGCUGCUUUGCUACGGGCUCGGUGGCAGCUGUGACGUGGCUCUGAUGACUGGUUUCCUUAUAUUCCUACCGAGAUACAUCGGAACAGUUACUGCUGCUGGACGGGGACCAGCCAAGUUUUAUAUCGGCACGGCUGUCAUCACCGGUCUCUGCUUUGGUAUCCUGACGUCAGCAGGGCUUACACUGAGCCGAAAAAUAAAGAUGAAAGGGCUCAGUCUCAUGGCGCUGAUUGGGUGCGUGGUGGCGCUGUUGUUCAUGUGGCUUCUUCCAAUAUUUCAAUGUUCGGACGCACCAAUCGCUGGGGACAUAGUGAAAGACGGUCGACAUUCACCAUCGGAAGGCACUUUCAAUGGUUUCUGGACCAAUUUGAAUGCCACAUGUAACGUGGACUGUAUCUGCCCUAAGACAUUUAAACCCGUGUGUGGAUCCAAUGGCCAGACAUAUCUCUCGCCGUGUCUUGCCGGGUGCCACGUGGAACAGCCGUGGGAUAAGAUCGACUCGCAAGGAUUGAAACUCACGAAUUUCAGCGAGUGUUCUUGUGUUCCGGGCCCAGACAGUAACAGUCCCGAGGAAAGCCUAGGCCAGGGCUAUGCGUUGUCUGGGCCGUGCCCAAGUGCUUGCAGCAAUACGUGGCUAUUCUUCGCUGUUGUCUUUAUCGUGUUCUUUAUGACGGGAUUUCAAUUUGUACCCAUGAUUUUAAUAUCAAUGAGGUGUGUUGUCCGAGCUGACAGAGUAGCUGCCCUCAGCUUCCACGUUUCUUUAUGGCAUUUACUUGGUUAUGUACCAGCGAUAGCCUACUUCAGCGCCAUCCUAAACCAAUCAUGUGUCCUCUGGAGUUCACCCGAUGCCCAGUACUACCACGAGUGCGCCCUCUACGAUUCGUUCAAACACCAAGUGUACUUCCUCUCGACAGUGUUGGUCCUCAAGGUUCUAUCUGUGGUCCUCCACGCCGCAGCGUUUAUAUCUAUCAGGAGAGACAGAUGCGUGGCGGGUAUGGACUGGGCGGACUAUGACGCCAUUGAAAUGGAAUCUGCAGAUAGUGUUAGAUCACCAAGUAGGACUCCAGCCCAUCUCUAGCCAAUCCUUAUAAGUGUUUCAAAUGCUGCAUGUCAAAUAAGUCUCUCAGUACUCUACUAAGGCUGAGUUCGGGCGGUGUGUUCCUGUCCCGAGGGCGCUCACUCACGCCCGAACGAUGAGAACACGACCUGAGAACAACACACUUGGAACAAGAUCACAGACCACCUUUCCGCAGGAGUCAGCUGAAAACAAGAAAACAACACUGUACAGAAUGGCGCCUACACCAUCAUUGGGUGGAACAGCGAUCCUUGUGUUCUGGAGCAUCCAAGAACACACCGCCCGAACUCGAUCAAAGGCAUAGCCUUAACAACGCAAGAGAGUUGCCUUGAGCAUAGGUCAAUCCAAGUCCACAGUCACCUUUGACUUUGUAUUAUUCAUGUCACAGGGAAAUUCGCAGUCAAAUCCUACGUACAUGUACACUGUAUAGAACAAUGCUGCACACAGACGACCUAAAGUGCAGCUGCCAAACGUCGCCCGGACCAAUCACGACACAAAAUGUAGAAAGCCGCGUAAAACCAAUACCUGUCUUUGGGGACAAGUCUAUCUUUGGUACACCUCAAUGUCAAUCACCGUCCUGAAUAUUAAUUCGUAUACCACUUGUUAAAAUCUGGUUAUACCUUGAUAAAGUAUGUAAAAGAGGUUCAGGUAGCCUUUGAAAAUUAGUGGGGGCGAGAGUUGGACUUUAUCAUUUUACACAAUCUUGAUCAGACAUGUUCCCUGUGUGUGCAACAGCAACUGAAAAUCCUGAUUCUUAUUAUAUAUACCAACAAGGAGUCGGCCGGACCAUUAUUUUUACCCUCACAGCCUCGAUUUGUUAAUAAUGAACAUUUGUUUUUUCUGCAUUGCUUGCUUUUCGUAAAAAAAAAAAAUUAUUCACCAUUUUAUUUGCAAAUAACAGUCCAAAAGAGCGUUCUAUUGACCCAAAACAUAAAUCACAAAGAGUUAUAAGCUUUGGGGUUUUAUACAAUUGGUAAAUUUAUUUCAUAAUUAUAACUGGUUAACAACAGUCUAUCAUAAUAUACAAAUUUCACGAAAUAUACACUAUUAUAGAUUGUACCUUUUAGAAAAUAUAUCUCAAAACUCUAUUAAUAUAACACAAAUCACCGUAAUCUUAAAUUAAUACAAAUUAAAGUGUAAAGUAUAUACAUGUAUGUUAUCGGGGGGCCCUUCACAAUCAUAACGUUUGAAAUAAUAAAAUACACAACACAUUGAAGUCAUUAUUUAUAAUUAUGUUUGAUAUGCACACGCGUAGAGAUGUUUCGUCAUGGUUUUGUGUGCAUGUCUUUAAAUAAUUAUUGCGUCCCUUCGCGCAUCUAUUGUGUGACGUAAUUGUGUUUUUAAAGCCACUUCAACUUGAAGCCGUGUCAUAGGCGGCUACAGCUACGUCUACAUUUUUGCGUCAUCAUGCGUUGAAAUAUAGGACGUCCUUAUCAACACCCUUAGCAACAGCCGUAGCCGUAGCUGUAGCCACCAAUUAGGAUACAGCCUUGCACUGCCUGGCGCUAACGGAAACACCAUAGGAAUUGCAUUGAGCUAGUUCUUGUGUGCAAAUUUAAAUGAGAAAAGUAAUAUUUAUACAUUUUGUGAUAUGACAUUUCUUGGCCAUUCAAAACGAUGACGCAAUAAAAGGAAUUUCUAAAAUGUUUUAUUUGGUAAAAACUAUUAAUUUUUACAAAUUAUUCCCAGUUAAUUUCCAUUUCUGUUUUGCUCAUUUGCAUUUUUAUUUGCCUUUUUUUUAAACAGUACUUUGUGUUGUGAUACCCGUGGUCAUUGUUUUGUUUGGUGCUUGAUACACCAGGGAAAAUCGCUUAGCUGGCUGAAGAAAUAAAAUGGAACACGAAAGAGCCCAAUUUCAAUUUCAUGUUAUGCUUACCAGAAUAAGGUUACCAUGCAGGCAUAAAAAGUAUCAUGUCGCAUGCACGUAUGUCUAUGACUGGUAUUCUGCUAAAGUGUUAAGCAAAAUAAAAUUGACAGCUCUCUCUGAAA